AUGUCUAGAGGAGGCCCGUCGAUAAGUGCUUUUGCGGCGCUGAGCAGCGCUGACGAUGACGAACUGAUUGGUUACGAACAGUCAGACGAGGACGCUGAGUCUGUGGGUGAGCAACGGCCAGUUUCUGAGCCGCCAGAGCUGGCUCCUUCCAAGCCCUCUGUGCCUGUCUACUCAGCUCCAAAUGCCCCCGUUGUUGUUUCUUGCUCAAAGUUUGUGCCCACCAAUGAGAAUGUGGUUUAUGGACGGGGUUAUGUAGUUAUUGGGCUGAAAGCAGACGAAUUUCUUAUGGUCAAGGGCCAGUACACGUUGAAAAUCCAGAGAGGAGCCGUGCAAAUAGACUCUAUCUUGUACCACUCGAGCCAUGAUGCUAUCAAAAUAUACGGGCUGUCACUUUCCAGUAUUCCACUAAUCUCAGCUGCACAGGUUACCGACCAGAGUCUAGUCGAAGAUACGGUUCUGCCAGAAACGGAACAUUUAUUCACGCCAAACUACAAAUCGGUGAUUAGACUCGAUGACGUUUUUGACGGCAUGGAGAAAAUAGGCCUUCUUUAUCCGCAAUUGAAGAAUAUCCAUCCAAACAGGGAGGAUAUUGACGAGUUUGAGGGCUCUGCAUUCGCUAAAUCUUUUUACCCUUACUCUUUCAAAGUGGUGGAAAGCCCGAGUAAUAAUCUUGGCACAUAUAUCAACAAAACCUGGAAAAACGCUUUGGAAACGCUUGUCAAUGAUUCUGGGGCUGCUGAUAGCAUGCGUGUAUUAGUCAUUGGGGCCAAAAAUACCGGCAAAUCCACGUUUCUUCGACUGCUACUUAAUAAACUGGCGUCUCACGAGCAUAUCUCGCCCAAAGUGUUAGACAUUGAUCCAGGACAACCUGAAUAUUCUCUUCCUGACUGUAUAUCUUUGACUACGCACCACAGACCCAUACAUGGUCAAUACUUUCCGUUCCUUUGCGACCGUCCAGCACGAUCUUGCUAUAUUGGUUUCAAUACUCCCCAACGUCAGCCCAUCAAGUAUAUUUCGCAGCUGAAAGCGUUGGCAACACAUCUGGACAUGGAAAAUGGUCCGAUGCUAAUAAAUUCUCCGGGGUGGAUCAAAGGAUUCGGAGUCGAGAUUCUGAAAGAGCUUACUGCUGCAGUCCGUCCAACUCACCUUGUCUACCUUUCCUUUGGCGGCGAAGACGAUAACCAGCUGUUAUGCAAUCUGACCUACGAAAAUCUCAUACGCGUUCCUGUCCCUGGGUUCACUUCUAGGGCAUCUGAUAUAGUGCGCUACUCACCUUCUCAAAUCCGCAACUUUAGACUGCUAUCUUAUUUCCAUUACAAUCGCUACGACAAGACAUUUGAUUUUGAGCCAUUGCUGGCAAGAUCUCCAUACAAAAUCAGCUAUGCCGAUUUCUCUAACAGAGAGAAACUACUUAGAUUCCCAGGGUUGUCGGGUAUUUCCAUUUUGGAUGCUGCAAACAUCAACCACGAGGACCUGGUCGAGUGCUUGGAAACUCAAGUCGUGGCGGUGUUUGAGCUUGAAAAUGAGGAAUUUAUUAACUAUUACGACGAGAUGGUCCAGCAUAAUCAACUGAGCUCACUCGAGUCCUAUCCGAAUCUUUUCAACAAUACCCUCGAAUCGGUGGUGUCUGAAUUUCGAGGCUUAGCUUUGAUCCAUUCAAUCAACACCACGGCCAAAUACAUCAAUCUAUACACGCCAAUUGAUGUUGCACGUCUCUCCAAGUCACUGGCCACCAACGAAACCAAACUGGUGUUGGUGAAAGGACGAUCCGAUCUUCCAACAGAGGAACUCAUCCCCAAAAUGAUUGCCAAGACGGCUCUUCCAUACGUCACAUACACGGCCUUUGGCAAAGGUGCGAAAUCCGUGAAUGUUCGACGCAACAUUCAGCGCAAAAAAUAG